UCUCCGUGUGUACCGACAAACCGGAAUAAGGAAGGACCAAACGGACUGAGCCAUAGAUAUAUACAUACAUAUAUCUAUGGACUGAGCGAUCUUUCCUCUAAAUGCAAAGAAGCGCCCAGUUGCCGCAUCCUGAAUGAACCACACAGCCCAGAUAUUAUAUUUACUGUUAAAACAGCUCGUUAAUCCUGCAGCCGUCACACAGACUGUUUUGCGGAGAUGUUGUCCAUCAGAGGAGGAUCCUGGGUGUUUACUGCAGCUGCUGUAGUGACUCUGUUCCUGCUGGACGCUGUUGUUUUUACUCAGGCGAAGAGCUUUGAGGAUGUUCGCUGCAAGUGUAUCUGCCCUCCGUACAGAAACAUCACCGGACACAUCUAUAACAGAAAUGUCUCCCAGAAAGAUUGUAACUGCCUCCAUGUAGUGGAGCCCAUGCCUGUUCCUGGCCAUGAUGUGGAAGCUUACUGUCUGCUGUGUGAGUGCAAGUAUGAGGAACGGAGCAGCAACACCAUCAAGGUAACCAUCAUCAUUUACUUGUCUGUGGUGGGUGCGCUGCUGCUCUACAUGCUGUUUCUGCUCCUGGUUGAUCCCCUCAUCCGCAAACACGACCCCUACACCCAGCCACUGCACAACGAGGAGGACUCUGAGGUCCAGGAGAUGCGUCCGCAGGCAGACAGCAGUCAGGCCCGAGGAAACACAGUGCUGGAGAGGGUGGAGGGAGCUCAGCAACGCUGGAAGAAGCAGGUUCAGGAGCAGCGCAAGACUGUUUUUGAUCGCCACAAGAUGCUGAGUUAAACCCUUCGUCGAACCGGGUUUAGAGGAGGUAACCUUCCUGGGCUCAGCGCUAAAACACCGUCACCAGCUGCACUGUUACAAACCUCUUUGUCUUUGCUGUGCACUGCACCUCCUCAGUUAGUAUUUCCACCAAGAAACAUUUAAACACCCUGAUCUAACAAGCAGAUACUUCAUAUUUAUUCAUUUACUAUAUGUAACAACUUAAGCUGAGUUGCAGUUGUAGAAAAAACUGCAUGUUUUGCUUAAAUGCUGAAGAUCUUCUCUGUCAUGUUCAGCAAUUUGUAACAUAAUGAAUCUGGAAUGUCUUAUUACUUAUGAACUUUUCUAAUGUAUUUUGCAGUGGCUGUUAAUAGCUUCUAAGCUUCCUCAUGAUCAUUUUUCAGCUACUUGUUAUCAUAAAGUAAUCUUUCUUGUAGAGUAAUUUAGAACCACAGAAACAGUAAAUUAGCGUAAUGUUCCCUACGCUAUUGCCAAGCAUUGCGUACUUCCUAGUUCAGCAGCAGUAAUUUGUUGCUUUGUUUAAUCUGGUCAUAUUCAGUUUUGGGUAAUUAGCAUUUGUUUGUUGUUGUUUUUCAAACUUUGACAUCACAGCGGUCCCUCGUCGUAUUUUUUUAUUAUAUAUUUAUAUAUUUUAAGGCUUUAUAAACCCUCCCCACACUCUUAUAAACACUUCCUAUGCUCUUACACACUUUCUUCACCCUUAAACCUGCAUAAUUUUAACAACAUAUAAAAUCCUAUAUGGGUACUCACCAGUGAAUCUACUACAGCUUGAAUGAUGAUGAUGAUGAUGAAUUAGCUGUGCAGCACUGAUGAGCAUGAGAUGAACGUACUGCACGGUGAGUAUGGACGAGGUGAGAUGCUGAAUGCUGCUGUACACGGGAGACAAAGGAGACUGAUGCUACGGUCGCUGAGCCAAUCAGAGCCCAGCGCUGUACGCUACGCAUUUAAGUUUGAUUUAAUAUUCUUUUAGUGUGUUUUAGUUAGUAUUUUUUGUAUUGUUUUAGCAAAAGCUUAUUUUACCGCAAUAAUAAUUAAAAUAAUAAAUGUAUUUAAAAAAAACCUAUGCGAUACCAAAUACAAUUUAGAAAUCUGUGAUAGAGUGAAAAGUGAUCCGCGAUAUGGCGAGGGGCCACUGUACUACCUUCUAGAUCGCCCCAAGCUGUGCCUUUUUCUGUCUCUCUCUUUGUGUGGGGAAAACGAGUUUCACCAAACUAAAAUGGCAAAUGUGUCUCUUACAGGACAGCUGCAUGUAAAACGGAACAGAUUAUGAAUUGAAUUUGUGUUAACCGAGUCUUUCAUUGUGAAUUUACCAGUGAAAAUUUUACGACAAUUGAAACAUGGAAAUGUAGACAUGAGGCCACAUUUACUUCCUCGAUUUUACUGCACGGUUUAAUGUGACAUACUUUCCAUGCAAAGAGAGAAACGAGGAACGGGGGCAUGCAACAGAGCUUCAAAAACCAUCCUUGGAUGAAUUUAAUCUCUGCCAUAGGAGAAUGUCCUGAAUCAGUAAAGCUGCUCAUAAUGUGCUUCAGGAAGCCUCGUGGCUGUGAAGAGCAUCACUGUCUGUCUGUGGAUUCCCCUCGUAUCCGACUACUGAAGCUCCCUGUCAGGGAAAGCGUAAUAGAAAAAGAAAGGUACUCUGACUCUCAUUACCUCAUGCACUUUGUGAACUGCUGGAUUUUGUUCAUCUGGAAUUUUUGUUUGUCUUUGAAGUAUUUUUUUUUGAUUGGUAAUUUAAGUGUUGUUUCAUAUCACUGCUGUCAGUGUUUUGUAUGUAUAUUUAUCUCCAGCCCGACUGGAGCGUUGCACUGCUCAUGUCAGUACGUUUAGCUUGAUGUGAAAUAAAAAAGAAAAUACUCUCGA